GUUUAUCAACUUUUUCUGCCUUAUUUGGCCAAGAGCAGGUGAAUUAAAAUUAUUAGAAACAAAUUAUAUACUACUAUCUUAGAAAUGUAUUUCUACCAUUUGGAUGUCCUUCAUCGUAAGUUCUUUUCAGGGGUGUUUCAUUAUUUUUUGAAUUUCUGUGUUAAAAUCAGAUGGCUUCUUUCAUUCUAAGGAAAUAUCAUGCGAGGCCUUUCUUAUCCUCAUUGCUUUAUGCAGCAAACCCUUGAUCUCUUUUUGUAGAUUGGAUUCAGAUGAUUUAGGACUUCAGGAUGUCUUCAAAUGAUUAGGAGUUUCAGGAAGUUUGAGAUAAUCCCUCUUUCCUAGGCUCUUACUCCUCGACUCCUUAUCCUGCACAUUCAAACUCUUAUCAAGUUUUCAAUGAUGUGACUGAAACUCUGACAUAUUUUUCUCCAAAUUAAUCACAGUUCUAACUCUCAAAACCUGAGCAUGCUCAUCUAAUAACUCUUCAGGCAAGUCUUCUUCUGAUAUAAUAGUUUUGUACAUUUU